CGCGCCUCCGUGAUGUGACCACCUUAUUAUUUGGUAUCCCUUUUCAGCCAUCCGAUGAAGGGAGAUCGUUUACGCUGGCUCCUUCUCCCUCAGAUAUAGUGCUUGCUUUGACUGUAUGUUACCGCAUAAGAAACAAAUGAGCUCCAGCCAGAAUCACACUCACUCACUCACAGACUGACUCUCUCUCUAUCUGAAGGCUCUGUGGAGCUCUGGGUUUGCAUCUUUUUGCUAAUAUUCUCUACGGCUUUGGAGUUUGGGCAAGAAAAAGAGUCGCAUUGGGAUUACCAGCCGAUUAUUUCUUUCAUCUUUUCUCUUUACGACUCUUUUCCUCGCUUCUGAUCUCUGUAACGUCUCACCUUUCACUGACGCACACAUGAUGUACCGACGCGCUUUUCUUCAUCGAGCUGCUGGAGCUUCCGUUAAUGGUUGUUUCUCGCUUCUGCGUUUCCUACGCUGAGUCUGCUGAAAAAGAAAUAUUAAAGCAUUCCUUGUUGCAAGUUUCUGCAGAAAGAAGAAACCAAUAAUCGCAAAUACUGGUGGAGUCCCCAAAAGAUAUCUGGUCUAUGGAAUAUCCUUCGGAGCUUAAAAUCUACUCAAGUGAUCGACAAGCUGUAGGAACUUCUGAGACGCCCUUACUGCCCCAGACAUGCCGAGGAAUAAAGCUGCAAGGAAGAUUAAAACCUGAGAAGCCAAUUCUGUCAUAUCAUGAUUUUCAACAUGAAAUUACCAACAAUGCAAAGGAAUUCCGACCUAAAUCUUCUGAGAAUAUCCGAAAACAACAGAGUGGUAAGAAGGCAACGGAAGAAGAUGAACUUGUGAAGUACAUGUCAAAUUUGCCAAGUUUUCUGGAGAGAGGAGAGAAUCUCAAGGAGAAAGCUUUAAAUGUUGGGGUUCUUGACUGGAGAAGUCUUGAAAAAUGGCACUAUAGUAAUAAGCAGAUACCUGGUGAGAGUAGCCGCUAUUGGCAAUCUUGUAGCAGUACAUCAAGAUCAUUUUCAACAGAUGGGUCAUCUGCUCUUUCAAGCAAACAUGACAGUCGCUCUCCUGCUCAUCCUAGAAGGCGCCGUCCUUCAUUGCAUUACCAUCUGAUGGCAUCUCCAAUAGAAGGCCAUUCUCCAAGUCAUGAUGUCAAAGCCUUUGGGGGAAAUUUUGGAAAUUUUCAAGAUCUUAAACCUGCAAAGAGUAACAUCUUGAGUGGGCAGGGGAAGUUCAUCAGAACAGAUCAGCCUUCUUGUAAUCCGGUAAUCAAGCCAAAAGAGUACAAGAGAAAGGAUUCAGGCACAAAGAUUAAUCAAGAAAGUGGUUUUAUUGGAAAUAACCGGAAUUAUGAGGCAGCGUCAUGUACAAACUUGAAGACAAAGAUUCAAGAUGGUGAAAUUAAGAAGAGUGCAGAGAAGUUACGACAAGCAAAUUCAAAUAGUAUUGACCAUGAUGUCAAUGCAAAACGUGAAACUGCCGUUCUCAUUUUGCCAAAAGAUCUCCCCCAAAAAAAUAAUUCUAGAAUGUCCCAGUCGUCUGAUUCGACAACAUCUUUAGGUCGAAAAUUGGCAGAAGCAAGCCGAAGGAGCUUUACAGAGAGAUCCAAGGAGAUUUUCCAUGCAGAACUUUCUAGCAUCCCAUACUCGUGCCCACUGCCUUGUGAAGUUGACAAUGAACACUCUUAUUUAGCUGAUACAUCUAGCCCAAUUCCAUGGUCAGCUAAAGUAAGAAUCAGUUCAUCCAUAUCCCAGAAUUAUGGAGAGAAACAAACAAUCUUAACACCCACCAAUAGAAUAAACCAACCUUUGAAGGGGUUGGAUGUGAACAUCAACAAAUCUAUGGACGAAAAGGUACGAAGCUCUUCACCUUUCCGGCGGUUUAACAUUGGUUUGGGCAAGAUGAGUAAAAGUUUCAGCUCCAAAGAGGGUUUGGAUACGCAGCAUAUGAGCUCAACAUAUACUUUGUCCAAAUCUGGUUCACAGAAAAUUGGGGUGGAUAUGUCGAACAAUGAUAAACUCACCGCCACAGGCAGAGCCAGGUCCAGCCCUCUGAGAAGAUUACUUGACCCAUUACUGAAGCCAAAGGCAACCAGUUGCCAUCACCUUAUGGAGCCAUUACUGGGAGAAUCAAUAUCAAUGGAUAGAACUACUAAAAAUUUCAGCAAACAAUUGGAUUCCCAGGCCGUGGAUUCUGGCAAACCAAAAUUAGAUACAACCGUUAAAGCUUUUCUGCGAGUAGCAAUUAAAAAUGACCAGCCUCUGAUCACAUUUGCAGUUAACAAUGACAGUGAUAUUCUUGCAGCCACGGUGAAGAAGUUAAGUGUCUCAAGAAAGGGCGACUACAACGUGAUUUAUACCUUCUUCACGAUUCAACAAGUCAAGAAGAAGAAUGGGAGGUGGAUAAAUCAAGGAGGCAGAAGCAAAGGAAAAGGUCCUGAUUACAUUCCUAAUGUUGUUGCACAAAUGAAGGUUUAUGAUUCAGAGUUUUCCAAUUUGAUUGGACCGCCUUGUAUGGAUCAUUUCAGUACGAGAGAAUUUGUUCUUUUUUCUGUGGACCUAAAACAGGCAGAUCAUCAAACCUCUGACUUCCAGCCAAAUAACGAGCUUGCAGCUGUUGUUGUCAAAAUUCCAAAAAGUACCAAUAAAACUCCAAUCGGAGAUGGGUGUAAAAGCAAUAACCGCAAUGACUUGUUAGGGGUUGGUUCAAAAGAGUGUGGCAUGGGAUGUUAUUACAGCACUGGGGGACAUGUCCAGAAGCUGCCUUUCAAUGGUACUAGGGACUUUGUUACCCCAACAGUCAUACUUCCAAGUGGUGUGCAUAGUCUACCAAGCAAGGGAGGACCUUCAUCGCUGGUUGAACGCUGGAAAACUGGGGGAUUAUGUGACUGUGGAGGGUGGGAUUUGGGUUGCAAACUUCGGAUUCUUGCUGACCAGAAUCAUAUCAAUAACCAAUUGGAUUCAUCCAAAGCUUGUCCCAUAACAGAUAAAAUUCAACUAUUCUGUCAGGAUGAUGUUCAAGUAAAUCAGCCUUUCUUCAGUUUGGCCCCUUUCAAGGAUGGGAUCUAUUCGGUCGAGUUCAAUUCUUCAUUGUCGAUUUUACAAGCAUUCUCCAUUUGCAUAGCUGUAUUAGACAGUACGAAACCAUGUGAGCUUUCCCUACCCAGAGACUCUAUCAAAGAAAAAACUUGGGAGGAAACAAGAUUGAUACCAAGUGAAAGAAUAAGGACUCCAAAUCGAAUUGAAGUUGUUCCUGCAAGAUAUGCCUCAUAUCCACCCCUAUCCCCAGUUGGGAGGGUCUAAUGUGCAUAUCUUGCAGUUUAGGUCAAUAUUUUGUGUUGGCUUGAUGGGCAAUGUACAAAACCUACAAGGGUUUUGAUGUGGAUCAAAGUCAAUCUGUCAUUGGUGUGUUCAGCAAAGUAGAAAACGAUCUUUAUACUCAUCAUGCCCUCUUUAGUAGCCGGAAAAGUAUCCGGAGCACCUUAUUUGUUUUGUUACUUUUGACUGGGGAAGCAACAGCAAAUGUAAUAUGAGAGAAGCAGUCUUCUUCGAUUGUAAGUGUGCAUAUUAUGAGUAAAUGGUAUUUUGCUUUUCCCAUUGGACCCAAA